UUGAAGAGUGUGUUGUGCAUGUUCGGCUGAGGGCAGAGGGCAUCUACACCACAUAGAGAUGGCAGCCCUUCAGUAAGAUGUUGGAAACAUCCCUAAUUGACAGAAAUCAUUGUCUUCAUUUUCAUCCCACAAGACUGACCUGGACCGUUAAAUGCCCUCUCAAUAUAAAGGGCUAAGAUGUUUGUGGUCUCCUUGCCAAGAUGUCUACAGAUCUGUGUGUCUUUGGUAAUGGUGUCCAGACUACAAGGCAGGGUUUCAGCUCCAAUACGUCUGGAGGCCCUGGUUGAACUGCCCUUCACUCUGAGCUGUACGCUUGUCAAGGCCAGAGGAGAAUCGGUUCAUCAGAUCCGCUGGCUGGAUGUGCAGAACCAGACGUUAAUCGCUUACCAGCCUGGUGAAAAAGACAGUGUGAGUGGACAACAGCACGUGGAGCUAGCUCCUUCACCACGAGAUGCCAGUGCCGUCACCAUCAAACGGGUCAGCUACAGGGAUGAGGGCUGUUACACUUGCAUCUUUGAUGUUUAUCCCAAAGGCUCAAGAGAAGGACAAACCUGCCUUACUGUCAUAGCAAAGGUGAUCUCAGAGGGCAAUAAGACGGCAGUGGGUGGUAAACAAGCCUCUCUGGCCUGUCGGUACGGCCUACCGGAGAAAGUCAAGCAGGUGCUGUGGAAGAAGAUUGUUAAUAAAGCAGAAUCCCGUGAAGUUGCAUCUUUUGCAAAGCAGAGUGACCCUGUGAUUGAAGAAGAGUUUGUGGACCGUGCGAGCCUGAGCCCUUCCCUGUCUGACACGCAGCUCACGUUAUGGCCGGUCCGAGCUGAAGAUGAGGCCUGCUACACCUGUGAGUUCCACAUGUACCCGGACAUCACUAAGAGUGCCACAAGUUGCCUCACUAUAUUUGUCCUGCCAAAACCUCAAGUAAGCUACAAGACCACAUCUCCAGGAGUGAUCGAGGCUAACUGUACUGCCGUGGCCCGGCCACAGGCUGAAAUAGUGUGGAACGUGGAGGGGAAUAACCAGACCAUUGGUCCACCUGUGACCACUGCUAUCCAGCAGAGUGACGGGACGACUCUGGUCAUCAGCACCUUGACCAUCCAGGCUGGACUCCUGAAGGAUGUCUCUGUCAAAUGUCUCGUUCAUCAUAAAGGACUGGAGACUGCCAUUGCUGUUUCCAUGAACACUAAAAUUGGCACAGCGCUCGCUAUCUUGAUCUCUGUGACUACUGUAGCGUUCCUUCUAGUCCUCUGCCUCUGUUUCUGUUUGUGGAAGUGUGUCCUGCGUAAGGAUGAGCCUGAAGAGCAUCAGGUACCGAGAAGACAGAGAGGGACAGACAGUUGAAUGUAGGCGUCUAAGCCUCUUCCUGUGACCUAUUUCUGCUUAACUGUGAUGACCUACUUCCUUCAACACAUUCAGAUCUGAUUUACUGAUAUGGGAUAUUAGUCAAGUGUUUGGUCAUGUUUCCAUAGAGUGAAUCAUUUUGAUUGUGGCAGACGACAAGCUUCAGUUCUCUUUACAAUACGGAUAUGCUGAGACACCGGUGAAGAUGAAAAUCUACUGUCAUCAUGUUCCCUGCUUUUCCAGCCAAAGAAUCCCAGUGACACAUCUCUACAUUUUGAAGAAUUUCUAAAUCCAUCACUAAUAUGAAGGUUGCAGAAGGCAUUUUUAUCUUGGUACAGAGGGGAGUUUAAACUUAGUAUUUGUCUGUUUUAAUACCCAUUUGACGGUGUAAAAGGACAACAAAAACUUCUCAAAACUUCUUAACUUCUUGAAUUCUAUGAAAAAACAAACAAACAAGAAAAAAACUUAGCUGUUUACUC